AUAUAUAUAUAUAAAAGGAGAGAGAGAGAUUCGUCAAAAGAGAAGAAAGCAUAAGCCACACAGGAGCAGAGCAAAAGAAGAAGAAAAGGUUUUUUGGUGGCUUCAAACUGAGAGAAAUCAAAUAGUAGCCGUUGAAUCGUAUUUCUCUCAAUCAGACGGUUUACAUCUCUGUAUUGAUAUCUUCUUACUACGGUGGUGAAGAGAAAGAAAGGCGGUGUACUGGUUGCCGUAAAAAGAGAGACAAACAGAGGCGCGAUCUCUCAGAUCUGGCCGUCUGAUUGUGGUUCACUGCUAUAAUCCGGAUCAUCAGAUGGCUCUUUCGAUGUAACAUUUGGGAUCUUGAUCAUUCGCUGUUGGUUGUUUGACGUGCGAGUGAUUGAUAGUGUUCUUGUGUUCGGUGGUGACAUCUUUGGGGGUUGGUUUUGAUUCCUUGCUUGCUGAUUGAUGAUCUUUUGUGGAUUGAAUCAUUUGUUUUUUUGCACACAAUUGGCUUCUGAGUUGAGUGUUGGGGAAGCUCUCUUCUUCCGCCAUCUCUUUUUGCUGGUUGUGACUUAGGACGGUUUUUCUCGUCCUUUUAUGUCUCCUAACUUGGACAGUCCUGUUCAAACCCAGAUGGCUGUGGCACUAUUCAAGAGUCCUCUUGGUGGUGGAGAGUACCAUGGAAACAGUAGGAUGGAAAGGAAAUCUACUGGGAGGAGGCGUGUUUUUGUCCAAACUGACACUGGUUGUGUACUGGGGAUGGAGUUGGACCGUAGUGACAACGCUCAUACUGUGAAGAGGAGGUUGCAGAUUGCCCUCAAUGUUCCAACUGAGGAGAGUUCUUUGACAUUUGGUGAUGUGGUGUUGAAGAACGACCUUAGUUCUGUUCGGAAUGAUUCUCCUCUACUGUUGACGAGGAAUUUUAUGCAUAGAAGUUCAUCUACUCCGUGUCUUUCACCUACUGGGAGGGAUGUCCAACAGAGAGAUCAGAGUGGUCCUAUUGAAAUACUGGGGAACUCUUGUGUCUUUGCCAAGACAAGACUACUUGUCAAGGAGAUUGUGAAGGCUAUCAAGAAUGGAGUUGAGCCACUUCCCGUCCAUAGUGGACUUGGUGGGGGUUACUUCUUUAGAAACAGCAGAGGGGAGAGUGUUGCUAUUGUCAAGCCAACAGAUGAAGAACCAUUUGCCCCAAACAAUCCUAAAGGCUUUGUUGGCAAAGCUCUUGGACAGCCAGGCUUGAAGCGUUCAGUUCGAGUUGGAGAAACAGGGUUUAGGGAGGUUGCUGCAUAUCUUCUAGACUAUGAUCAUUUUGCUAAUGUGCCGGCCACUGCAUUGGUGAAAAUCACUCAUUCUAUUUUUAAUGUCAAUGAUGGUGUUAAUGGAGACAAGCCUCAUAGCAAGAAGAAACUCGUCAGCAAGAUUGCAUCUUUUCAACAAUUCAUCCCUCAUGAUUUUGAUGCCAGCGACUAUGGAACCUCCAGCUUCCCCGUUGCUGCUGUUCAUCGGAUUGGGAUAUUAGACAUCAGGAUUUUUAACACAGAUAGGCAUGCAGGAAAUCUUUUAGUUAGGAAGCUUGAUGGUGUUGGGAGGUUUGGUCAAGUAGAGUUAAUUCCCAUUGAUCAUGGCCUCUGUCUACCAGAAACGUUGGAAGACCCAUAUUUUGAGUGGAUUCAUUGGCCUCAGGCAUCUAUUCCUUUUUCAGAGGAUGAACUGGAGUACAUAGAGAAACUUGAUCCUGUUCGUGACUCUGAGAUGCUGAAAAGUGAGCUCCCUAUGAUUCGCGAAGCUUGCCUUCGUGUCUUGGUCCUGUCCACCAUUUUCCUCAAGGAAGCUGCUGCUUAUGGGCUCUGCCUUGCAGAGAUUGGUGAGAUGAUGAGCAGGGAGUUUCGGCGUGGGGAGGAGGAACCCAGCGAGCUUGAAGUAGUUUGUUUGGAGGCGAGAAGGAUGAUUGCUGAGAGAGAGAUUUUAUCUCCAAAGGCUGAAGUUGAUGAGGAGGAGUUCCAAUUUGACAUAGAUUACGAGGAUGCAGGGUAUGACUUUAGUCCAAAUAUGGCCUCUGAAGACUUCAUGACCAGGAACCCGUUUCAGUUUCCAUUUGGAGGCGGAAAUUGCCGCACUCAACUCUUUAAGCUAGACGAAAGCAUUGAGGAAGAAGAGAGUGAAGAGGAGGAAACAAGCUUUAACUAUGUUCCUGCACCCGCAAAGAAUGUCUCGGAGUCAAAACUAUCAAUGUCCCUCAAGAAUAUUACUUUAGGUGACAGGAAGCAGAAGCAUCCUAGUUUUUCAGGAACAAAACCAGAAAAUGGUGAUCUAGCCAGAGCAUCAUCCGGCCACAGGAGCGCGAAUGAGCAGCUCCCUGUGAGUUCCAGCUUUUUGAAGCUAGCAGAUAUGAAUGAGGAAGAGUGGCGUCUGUUUCUAGAGAAGUUCCAAGAACUGCUGUACCCAGCCUUCGACAAGCGUAAAUCAGUAACUGUUGGUCAGAGGCAGAUACAAAGGCUUGGGACUUCUUGCCAGUUUUGAGAUCAAGGUACUACGACAUAUCACUGCUAGGAUGAGUUAAUACCUAAAUAACUCCCUGCAGGCUGCUUGAAGUGAAGGAUUUCUAGCUUAGGUCGGUUUUAUGGAUAUGCUCCCUUAAAGAAGUUAUAUAGGGCGGCAGUAGCUUUGAUAGGAGUUGCUGUAAAUAUUUUUGGUGGCACCCGAGUGAAAGUGCCGAGUAGAAUUGGUGUUGUUUCCGUUUGAUGUCUUCAUUUUUUUCCCUUUCACUUUGUCACGGCGACUGUUAGAUAAAUAAUUUGUAGAAUGAUAUCUGAGAAAAGAUCAAUAAAAAAAAGUUAUGUAAAUGUUGGAUUUGUUCUUUUUA